GGGACAGGUGUGAGCAGCUCGAACAUCAUGUCUAAUGUAGACACUCAGGACAGCGUUUGCCUCUGACUAAAACUUGACCACGACCCCCACGUAUCGGUGGGUCACAGUCAGGACGGGAUGACUGACUCACUUCUGCUCUCUGCACGGCGGAGCUCGAGCUCUCACGCCAACUCCACCGUCAGUGACGUCUGCGUCACGUGUCCGUCUCUUCCCUCGGUACGUCCGUCGUAUUUUCCUCCCCUCCACUGCCUGCUUUAACGCUGAGAGCUACUCGAAAUAAACAAGCGCAAAACAGGGGGCCGUUGUGAGGACCGGUGUGGCUCCGGUGUCACGCGUAUCACCAGCCUGUGGACAGAGGGGGCUUACACCUAUAAGUUGCCAUCAGUGAAGCCCAAACCCUCCCGUCAGUUUCUGGCUCCACUGAGCCCAUAUCAUUGUAAACUUUUUUUUUUUUUAAUCCUGCGCUGCAUACACUGAGCUCCGACAAAGCGAGGUUUUCCCUUUAAGAUUGCAGUGAGAACUACAAGUGGACCUGUGGACAUGUCCCGCUGUCCUCCUUCCCCCACGCCUGGUCUAUAGUCAACCAGAAACGACUCAUAGUCUCACUCACACCCCAUUCUCAGCCAUUUGACCAACCCUCCCCACCCUGUGGUCACAUCAUGGCCAGCAAGAGGAAGUCCACUACUCCAUGUAUGAUCCCCAGCAAAGUCAUACGCCCAGCAGAUGAGGUUGAAGAGGACUCUCCAGUUCUUCUCCGUCAAUCACGGAUUUCUGGAGGGGGCAGACAAAGCCCGCCUGACCCAGGAGAGUCUUCCAAACCAGAGGUGGGGGAUGCUGUCAAAGAUGGUGCUGGCACUUACACCUGUAGGCCUUGUAACUUUAAAACCCAUGACCUUAACUUGUUCUUGGAUCAUGUGUACUCCGGGCACCAGGACUUCCGUGCGGACCCCAGCUUCUUCUGUGUGAGCUGUGGAGUUUCGGCGCCCAAGUUUGAGGGCUUGGCCCUGCAUAACGCCAGGGUCCACCCUAGCACAUUGAACACGACACUGCAGCUGAGGAAGAGGGACAGGAGAGUAGUGGUAGAGCAGAAUCUGGUGACUGGGGCAGAGACAGGGAAGGACAGCGAGAUCUCCAUCACCAAAACCCCGAUUAUGAGGAUGCUGAAGGGCAAAUCGGAGUCUAAACGUAUAGUGGUGUCUCACCCAGUCUCUGAAGAGCCAUCCUCAGACUCGCACUCUGUAUCUACACCCAGAGAGACUGAAAGAAAAGAGCCUGCUGCAGUUACAGUCACACAUGUUCCCACAAUUGUCCAUAAUGGAACGACAAAGGUCUCUCUGCCCUCAGCAAUCCAGAUAGUCAACGGCUCUGGAGCAUUACCAAUGCUCAAGACGCCCAUCACACAGGUGGUCUCGGUGGUUCAAAACAGAAGCCUUCAACAAUCCGCACCAAUCACAGCCUCCUCAAAUAUUUCUUCUGCUUCGUUUUCGACCUCCAAAAAUCUCCCCAAGGUGAUGAUUCCUUUGAGCAGCAUCCCCACCUACAGUGCCUCCAUGGACUCCUCUUCCUUCUUGAAAACCUCUUUCAGUAAGUUCCCAUACCCCACAAAGGCGGAGCUCUGCUACCUGACGGUGGUCACAAAAUUCCCAGAAGAGCAGAUCAAGAUCUGGUUCACAGCUCAGAGACUCAAACAAGGCAUCAGCUGGUCUCCUGAGGAGAUCGAGGAGGCCAGGAGGAAGAUGUUCAACACCAUCAUCCAGACUGCACCCUCCAGCUCACAGAACCAGACCCAGAGUCACCACAGCCCGGCCCAACACACAAUCACAGUCCUGCCUGCCUCACUGGGGGCUACUGGGAUCCCCCACAUCCUGCAGGGCUCUCUCGUCAGCCAAGGAGGGGUAAUCGUCACGCAGCCUGUAAUGGCAAACGGUAUCCAGGUUAGCAGUGCUCCUGUGGCCCUGGCUGUCACACCUAAGCCCCAGGCUGCAGCCCGGCCCAUGAUGCAGGCCCGACCUGCUGCAGCGCUGGUGGCAGACAAAGGCAUCAGCAUGGUGGUGGGGACAGUGGGGAGCAGCAGCACUGGGAGCAACAUCAUUAGCAGCAGCAGCAGCAGCAGCAGCAGCAGUAGGAAUGGGAGAGCGGGGACUAGCAGUAUUAGUACAAGCAGUCACGCAAGUGUCAUCAACCUUAGUCUUGGAAGCAGUAAUCUUAGUAAUGCUAAGGUUAGCGGUGUCAACGGUAAACACAGCAGUGCUAAUGCAGACUGCAAUAACAAGAGCAAUAGUAAUGUCACCAGCCACGUGAAUGCUAAGAACACUGAUAUCAGCAAAGCCAGCAACACCAGCAUUGUGCAGAGUGACAGCAAAGUCACCGCAGAAAGCAGAAACGCCACAGACAGCAAAUCUAAAGACGGCAAAACAGGCAGUGAUAGACAGAAGAGCAAAGAUACCAACGGUAGCAGCAACAAAAAUCACACAACUAGCAUAAGCACAGAUGAUGUCGAGCCCCCCACCAGUGACUCUCCGCCCAUCAAAAUGGAGGAGGCGUCCACACUGGACCCCAGUUUUUACAAGGGCAAGAAGUCUCAGGAGCAGCUCAACGCUCUGAAAGACAGUUUUCAGGUCAGCCAGUUUCCCGACCAGGAGGAGGUGGACCGCCUCAUUGCUAUUACUGGGCUCACGGUCCGGGAAGUCCGCAAGUGGUUCAGCGACCGCCGCUACCACUUUCGCAACCUCAAAGGCUCGCGAUCCAGCACAAGUGGACAGAGUAAGUCUGGCACUGCGGCGGGAGCAGGGAGCAGCACGCCAGGGAGCAGCGCCGCUGGCAGUGCCAACCCUGUUGAUCUGUCGGAAAGUAGCAGCAACUCCGGUGCAAAAACACCCCAGCACAGCUCUGCACCCCUGAGCCCAACUGCAUCACUGACUCCCACCUCUCCCACGACGCCUUCCCGUCGACUCCCCAGACCACCGUCACCUGAUUUCACAGCUAUCCGCUACAAGGAGAGAGAACCUCAUCAGCUAAAGGCUCUGGAGAGCAGCUUUAUCCAGGACCCUGACCCGACAGGAGAGGAAGUGGACAGGCUGCGAUCUGAGACCAAGAUGACCAGGAGGGAGAUCCACGGCUGGUUCGCUGAGAGGAGGAAGAGAAUGGCAGCUGAGAAAAAGAAAGAGGACGCGGAGCGGGCGAUGAGAGAGGAGGAGGUGGAGGAGAUGGAAGCCGAUGGGGAGGAGAGACAGAAAGAGGACGGGUUGGGAGAACUGAAAGUCAACCCUAUUAAAAUAAAUCUGAAGAUGCUGAAGGUGACGGAGGCCAACGGCAAAGCAGAAGGUGAAGGGUCGGAUAGCCCGCUUCAAACCAGCAGCACACCCACAUCCUCCCCCGGCCCCACUCCAUCCUCCACCCCAAAACAAUCCCAAUCCUCCACCCCUACACCCAAAACGACUCACUCCCCCAAACCCACAGCCAUCCGAGGUAAGAAGACAGCGGAGCAGCUGCAAAUGCUCAAACAAGUCUACGCCCGUACCCAGUGGCCCAGCGCCACUCAGUAUGAUGAAAUGAUCUCAGCGACUGGACUGCCCAGACCUGAGGUCGUGCGCUGGUUUGGGGACUGCCGCUAUGUGCAAAAGAACGGCCAGCUGAAGUGGCUGGAGUCUUACCAGAACAUGGCUCUGGAGGAGGACCUCAAGAAGGCGAACGCACAGAUCCUCCAGGCCCACCGUGACGCCCACGGCAGCCUGGAAGAGUCACAGUUGCAGGAACUGGCUCAGGCCAGUGGUUUAUCAGUGGACUUGGUGCGACACUGGUUCUCCACCAAGGCGUUGGAACCGUCUGCUGCUGCUCAUGCGACAGGAGCAGGACCAGUUGUACCAGACGCAGCAGCUGAGCCACAAACAGCAGGAUCCUCCCCCCUGGAGCCGCAGCCAGGAGGAGGGACAGAGGAGAAAAUGGAGCAGUCGGUGUGUGGUGUCGCAGCAGAAGCGGAGGUGGAGGAGGAGGAGGAAGCCAAUGCUGACAUGACUGUGAAUUCUACUAAAGGAACCGAUUGAAGAGGCCUUUUGUGUGAGGAUGGAGUUCUCAACGCAGGUGGUCUUUGUGUCGGUAGUCUGAGGAAAAGGCGGCAGAUGCGGUUGUAACAGGAUCACUGGAUGGAAAUGGACCUUGAAACCAUCCUCACCCAUCCCUCUCUCUCUCACACCCCUAGAGGUAGGCAUGACCUCCCCCGCUACGUGAGAUGGACGCUAAAGCCACUAUCACCCCCCCUCCUAUCCAUCCACCCACUCCCUGCCCUCCUUCUCUCGUUGUGUCUACGCCUCCGCAACACAGACCUUCUCCUGUAUCCUCCCGUCCGCCAUUUUCCCCUCAGAAGGAAGUUCCAGUAGAAGUGCAGGAGUGGAUGAGGUGGAGGGAGGGGCCGUUUUUCUGCCGUGUUUGUUCCGCCUGCCUGCUGUGAUGGAAGAAAAGAAGAAGGGAAAAACAAGGGUAGAUUUGGAGGAAGAAUAGAAGGGGGAAAAAGGGGAGAGGUGUGGUGGAGAUUGAGACCUCAGCACAUCAGGGGUGGGGGUUGGGGUUUUGGACAGUUGUCGACCAAAUCAACCCUCAGACGAGGAUCGACGUGUUGAGUGUUGAGAGACUGUUCAUAGUCUGUUUUGGGGUACGAAAAACUGCACAGCUCUUUGCUACAGGGUGCUUGCCUUAAAGGCCUUAAAGUGAAUCAAAUGACAAAUUCUGUUUCCAUCGUAUCACCUUCAUGCUCCCAUUUUUUUCCACCUACUUGCACUCAUACACUUUGACUUCAUGCUUGCAGCUGACUUUAAACGUGCUAGCUAGGCUGUUCAUAGCGUCUUUGGUGAAACACAGCACUGACGUUCAUUCGACCACGUCUUCGUACUCGCUUUUCAUUUCUUAGCUGUACAUAUUUGGUUAAACAGGACAUUUAAAUUGUUCAGUUCGAGGAAAAAUAUCUGGAACUCCGUCAUCCAAAGAGGGCAAGCACCCUGUUGUGUUCACACAAAAAGGCGACACAAUAUAGUAGACUCUAUGGAAUCUGGUUCGUGUUGUAGCAUCAAGUGCUUCUUUACGUCACUGACGUGUACGUACAUUUGUUUUUAUGGAACUUUCCUAUGACAUAAAUUUGACUGUAAAAGAACUGUGAACUUUUACCAGAGUUCCAUACUUAGGCUUGAUGUAUAAUUUUUACAGAUGGUAUUUGCAGAAUAAACAGAAUGU